UCAAAAAUAAUUCAAUUUUUAUUUUGUGGCUGUGGCUAUAUUUGUGAUUUGGCAACGUGUUAAAAAAUUUAAUUUGACAAAAAUGGUGUUGGUUUAUGAUUUAUGAUUUGUUGUGUUGUGAAAAUAAAAUAUUUUAAAUAAUGCAAUAAAAUGGUGGAUAGAAACGAAAAGUUUCUUAGCGAACUAUUGAAAUAUCCAGGAAAUAGUAUAUGCGCGGAUUGUGCAGCUAAAAAUCCAGAAUGGGCAUCAUACAACAUUGGUAUAUUCAUAUGCACAAGAUGUUCUGGAGUUCACAGAAGUAUGGGUGUCCAUAUAAGCAAAGUCAAGCAUCUUAAACUAGACAGAUGGGAAGAUUCACAAGUGGAAAGGAUGAAGGAAGUUGGAAAUUCAAAGGCAAAAUUGAAAUAUGAAGAAAGAGUACCUCCAUGUUAUAGGAGACCAAAAGAAGAUGAUCCACAGGUGUUGAUUGAACAAUGGAUCCGUGCAAAGUAUCAAAGAGAGGAGUUUUGUCAUCCCGAGAGACAAAUAUAUACCAGUGGAAAUAUGCAAGGUUUUUUAAUGAAAAGAGGAAAAGAAGACAGCAAAUAUCAAGCUAGAAAGUUUGUUUUAAGUGAAGCAGAUGAUACACUGAAAUAUUUUGUUAGGGAAAAUAAGGAGCCAAAAGCUAUUCUUCGAAUAUCAGAAUUAAAUGUGGUGUUUGCUCCAGAAAAAAUAGGGUAUAGUAAUUUUAGGUACCCCAAUUCCUUGCAGCUGACUUUUUUAAAAGACGGAACAACGCGACACAUUUAUGUCUAUCAUGAUGAACCAGAAAUAAUUACCAAUUGGUACAUGGCAGUGAGAUGUGCCAAACUUCAUAGGCUACAAGUUGCCUAUCCUUCAGCGAGUGAAUGUGACCUAGUAAAUUAUUUGACAGACGAUUUUGCCAAAGAAGGUUGGUUGUUUAAAACCGGACCUAGAACAUCGGAUGGAUUUAAAAAGAGAUGGUUUACAUUAGAUAAUCGAAAGUUAAUGUACCACGAUGAACCUUUGGAUGCAUAUCCAAAAGGAGAAAUAUUUUUAGGCCAUUCACUAGAUGGGUACAGCAUUCGAAUAGGAGUUUCCGUGGGAGUUAAAGAUCAAGGAUUUUCAUUUUCACUUACGACCCCUGAAAGAGUGUAUAAUUUAUCUGCACAGACUGAACAUGACAGGGAUCACUGGAUUGAAGUGAUACAAAGAGUGAUCGACAGACCACUAACACCUCAAGACUCAGCAAUCUCUGGGCGGCUAAUAAGGAAGAGAGCCAACACCAAUUCAAUAAAUAUUUUCUCCCAAAGGUAGUUAAGACAUAAAUAUGAACAAAUAAUGUUUCUAUUGACCUAGUCUUAUAUUAUAGUUUAAGAAAAUGAUGUAUCACAUAAAUAUCCAACCUUCUCAUUAAUACUCAAAAUACAUAUAUAAUUUUUUAUUUUAUUAAUAUUGUUUUGUAGUGAAAAAUAUCUCGAGUCAAGGUUAUAAGAGUAAAUGAGUUAUUAAGAACUAUAGAUGGUCAAACGCCAACAUGAAAUUAUGAAAUUUAAACUUUACAUAUAUUUAUACUUUAUAAUAAAUCUACUUUUUAAGCUG